AUGCCAGUGCUAGACGAUCAUCGUUGGCUUCUCGAGUCAAAAACGAUCAGCGAUUUCCGCAUUCGGUGCGAGAACGAGGAAAUACAUGUCCACAAGGUGAUGCUCUGCCUCAACUCGCGCUACUUUGUCCAGCUUUUCAAAAGCGAAUUCAUGGAAGCCAAAGAGGGUGUGGUCAACUUUCCUGAUAUUGGGCCCGAGCCCAUGAACCACCUUCUCGACUUCUUCUACCGUGGCACUACCGACUGGAAUCUCGCUGAAAGUGACUUGGCCAUGAACGUCCGCGUCUGGAUUCUCGCCGACAGACUACAAGCCGACAACGCCAUGAUCGAGAUCGAGUAUCGCCUGAGUGGCUUUCUCAAGAAUUUCGACAACAAGCACCUCGUCGCAGACGAGUCACUCCUGGAAUUGGUAUUCUCACACCCGGUCUGUUCCGAGUCUGUGCUGGCGUACAUCUUCGCCGAAGCUGCUUGGAUUCAUUCAAUUGAUAGUUACCUGCCUGAUACAGGAGGUGACUUGAACAUUAGGACUGCGGCUCUGAGGCAUAGCAGCCUGGCGAACACGAUGCUCAUGUGGUCUGUACACUACACCUACAUCAGUGGGCAGUACCGCUGCGGCAAACGUGAUACGUCCUUUCUUCGGUCGAAAGUCGCGGACGACAUGAGGCAGCAGAUAAUAACGGUCUAG